AUGAACCAACCCACCGCCAAGACCUUGGCUGAAGUUACCGGUCCCGACUCGUCGCUUAUCGGUCCUGGUGCCCAGCCCGGUACCAUCCCCACCGACAAGGACCAAGCCACCGGUUUGGAAAGAUUCGAAUUGAUGGGUAAGGCCGAAGGUAUCGACGUGUUCGACCUCGAAAACCCCAUUGACCAAGGUAGCGGUACCCACGAAGACCCCUUCUUGGUCCCCACUUACAUGGGCUACAGAUACGUCGGUUGCCAAGGUAAGGAAGGCUUUGAACCCCACAAGCCUUACUGGAUGAAGGUUGAAGAAGGUGACGAACCCGCCAGAUGCUGGCAAUGCGGUAACGUGUUCAAGGCAUUGUACUUGGGUGAACCCGGCCAACAACACCACUAA